GGGGUUGUCACGUUGAUGUGGUGUAUACUCAUUCACUAGACUUCGAGGGGUAGCGUUUGCCGUAUGAACUAAAAUUGUUUUUUUUUCUUUUAUGUAACAUAAAUAUAUACUUUAUGAUGUUUAUAUAGUAAUAAUGGUUUCAACAUCUCUCUUCCCUGUUGAUAAAUGCGGACUGUGGUACAGGCGGCUACCACUAGGAGGCAACAUAGCCUGAGCCUUACAGGCAAGCACCUGCAGCCUACGAAAUGUCUGCCCAGGAAUGCGAUCUCUCUACAGACUGCAAUGCAAGACCAAAAGCAGGAGCCUUCUAUAUUGCCCAUGGUAGCCCACCAAAAAACGCCUCUUCAAGGUGACGCUCACCCAUCACCCUAAAUAAGGGGUUGAAAGAUGGGGGUUGCUGCUGAGCUGCCAGGAGUCACAAGAUGGGGCAACCUGACCUGCUCUAAAGCACUGUGGAAAUGAGAAGAAAUAACAACCCUUUGAAGUCAUGCGCUGCUAUGUCCCAGUAGAAUAAGUAGCAGGACAUGGAUAUUCCUUAAAGGGAUAUUAGCUAUGACUGGACACAUGAUGGAUAUAUCAGUUAUGGCACCGUUAAUGGCUCUUAACUUACGGACUCAAAGAUGUAUAAAGUAGAUGGAAAUGACAAAGUUGCAGAUACCCAUGAGGAAACUCUUCAAGAAACUGAAGCUUUAGAGAAACCCUUGAAUGAUGAGUCAAUUGCAGAGUCUGGUAUACAUUGUGAAGGGCAUACCAAAGGUGCCACCGCUGAUGUUCCUUCCCUUGCUCCAACUAAAGACUAUGAAGAAGAAAAGCCCAAAAAACUCUGUGGAUAUCUUUAUAAGCAGGGAAUGAAAGGGCCCCUGAAGGCUUGGAAAUACCGCUUCUUUUGUUACGAUGACAGGAAGUGUCAUUUGCUUUACUAUCGAAUGGCUUCAGAUGUUUGUGCUCUCGGGAGUAUAGAUCUGCAUGCUGCUACUUUUCAUUUCAGCAUGGAAGCUGAGGAGGGAAUAUUUGAAAUAAAAACGCCAACAAAACCAUAUAGCCUAAAGGCUAUAAACAACCAUGCCAAGAUGUACUGGUUGCAGCAGCUACAGCAGAAGAGGUGGGAAUAUUGUAAUAAUGCAUCAAAAAUCCAUACUGGGAUUAUGUCUUCAGAUGUUCCUGAUAGUAAAGACGAUCUUCACAGUGCAGUAGAUGAUGACUUUUUCCCUCCUGUAAAGACACCAACUGAAGUGGUGGGGAUAACGGUGGCCUCAAUGCCAGCUCCUCAGGAAUCAACAUCCCUUCAAAAUAUCUCCCUCAAACACCCAUGGAAAGAAAUACAGAACACUGUUCGUAAUAUCUGUAGUUCCAAGCCCACCCAAACAAUAAGCCGAAGCAUUUUUCAUUUUGAAGAAGCAGAACAAGCAACAGAAGUAGAAAUAAGUGCAAAACAAAUUGGAAAAAUGUCACCAUCUCUGAACUUUGCCCGGAAAGCAAGAAAACUGAACGGGGGGUCCAAUCAUGAAAAUGUUUCUAACGGAAAGAGGAACAAUCUGCAGCUCCAAAUUCAAGCAGUAACUGAGGAAUUAAAGUCUCAGAAGGAUCUUGUGAAGCUUCUUCACCGUGCUCUUGAGUCUGCUCAAGAGGAAAAAAGAGCAUGCACUGAGUAUUUGAGUGCCCCAGAGGAGAAAGACAGACUUGAAUUAAUACGACAUAAGGUUAGGCAAAUUGAGGAUCUGACACAACGUUUGGAGACUCUUGAACAGGAAAAGCAGGAUCUGGAACAGUAUGUUAGGUUUAAGGAUUUUCAUAUAGGGGAACUAAAGGAGCACGUACAAUUGCUAAUGGAAAAGAACAGUGCAAAACAAGAAGUUAUCAUGAAGCAAAGUGAGCAGCUUCUUAGCCAAACGGAAAAAAAUAUUGGAAUUGAGACCUUACAAGAGCAAUAUAGGAAGAUUGACAGCUUAAUGGAUGACGUUAAUGCCUACAAAACACAAAACCAGUUCUUAAACUCAGAAAUUCAUCAGGUGACACAGCUAUGGAGAAACACAGCUGAAAAGGAGACAGCCCUGCUUAUGAAGUGUUCAUACCUGGAAGCUAAGAAUUGUCAAAUAGAAAGCAAAUAUUUAAUUGUACUGAGAAAGCUGCAAGAAGCUCUGCCCUAUCUGGAUGCUGAAUACUGUGAAGUCAUAAAACGUUUAAUAGAGGAUGCCUUACAGUCCGAUAUAAAAUCACCGCUUCAGUCAUCCACAGUGCCAUUUAGGGCGGUCAGUGAAUAUGAUGAUUAUGGAUUCAUGAUAAUUCCUGAAUAUGAAGUGGAACACUUGAAACUUCUAGCUAAAAUUCAGGCACUGGAAAUUCGAUCUAACAAACUGCUUACUCACGAUGUUGUAGACAAGCCCAUGCGAAUGAAAUGGAACAGCAUUGGGGUGUUGUUUCACUCAACAGAGUUAAAAACACUGGUGAGAUGUGGUAUUCCCUCAGAACACCGCAAACGUGUCUGGAAAUGGCUGACUAGUCAACGGAUGCGUAUUAUUGACAAUCAUUACCAAGAUCUCCUUAGAAAAUGUGAGAGUGCUCAACACCCAGCCUUUCAGCAGAUAGAACUUGAUAUACAUCGCACUUUGACCAAUAACAAGCACUUUAACAGUCCUAACUCGGAGUUCAUUCAGAAGCUGAGAAGGGUGCUAUUUGCAUUAUCAUGGCAAAACCCCACCAUUGGCUACUGUCAAGGAUUGAACAGGUUAGCUGCCGUGGCCCUUUUAGUCCUGGAAGAUGAGGAAAGUGCAUUUUAUUGUUUAGUGGACAUAGUUGAAAAUAUAAUGCCAGCAGAAUAUUACAGCAAUAAUCUAUCAGGAUCACAGGUAGAUCAAAGAGUAUUCAAAGACUUCUUGUCCGAAAAACUGCCUCGUUUGACUGCACACUUUCAACAACACAAAAUUGAUUUAGCACUUAUCACUUUCAACUGGUUCCUUGUGGUUUUUGUUGACAGCUUAGUUAGUGAUAUUCUCCUUAGAGUAUGGGAUGCCUUCUUGUAUGAGGGGACAAAGGUUAUCUUUCGGUAUGCGCUUGCAAUAUUCAAAUACAAUGAAGAGGAGAUCUUAAAACUGAAUAAUGAAACAGAAAUCUACCAGUACCUUUCAUUUUUCACCAAGACCAUUUGUGAUGGCAGGAAAUUAAUGAAUAUUGCAUUUAAUGAAAUGAAUCCUUUCCCAAUGAGGCUUGUCAAAAACCGUCGUGCAGCUCACAUGGAAAAAUUCAAGGCAGAACUUGCAGAAUUGGAAAAUCUAAAACAAGAGUAUGUGAAGAGUAAAGAAGAACUUAGAAGUACAGAAAAUGACAUGGGAGUUAGUGACGAUGAAGACGACACAUCAACAUUUGCAACAUAAGAGGCACAGUCCUUUAGGGAGUGUAGCAAAUAUCACUGUGUCAGUCUGUUUUAGGACCAAUUCAUGGAUGAUUAAUUUCAAAGGAAAUAUGGGAAGGAGGAGGUGGGGGAGCCUGGAAAAAUACUUUUUUAAAGUUUGUCAAGUGGCUGAGCAUGGAUGACAUUGAAAUUUAGGAAAAAUGACUGUGGACACCCAGGAAAGGAAAUGCAAGCAAAGUGCAAUGAAAAUUUUGUCCGUAAUAACACAGCCCUAUUGAUACUGUUCUCUUCAAAUGGUAUAAUCUUAAAAGUGCAUCACAUAAAAUAGACUUGUUAAGUUGCACACACAGCGCA